AUGGGAGGUGCACAGGCGGAGUUGUUCACAGCAUGCGCGAACCGGCGGAUCCCAAAGCCUUGGCAGACGGACGCGCUGUCCGAUCACAAGCUGGUGGCCUUCCAGUUGACGGGCCCGGAGCUCUUGAGACCGUUCCUGACGGAACAGGUCCCCGGCGUGGUGCUGCGGAAUGUCAACAACCGCUGCCUGGGCGUGGAGGGCCCCAUGCAGACGGCCUCCGGUAGCGCCCUGGCCGCCGAGCGCUGCCACGCGCCCGGGCCGCGACCGGCGCAGCGCUGGCGUUUGGGAGAGGCUGGCAGCAUCGUGAACGAAGCCACCAGCAAGUGCUUGACAGUGGAUGUUGACGACGCGUCGAAGCCUGUCACGCUCCAUCUUUGCCGCCAUCUUGCAGAUGGCGCCCCUCACUCGAAUCAGACCUGGGUGCACACGCCGGAAGGUCUUCUCGAGCAGAGGUCGGUUGAAAAGUGCUUGAAUGCCAAGCUGCAGCUGCAGAAGUGCGCAUUCUCUGACCAGCAGUGGGAGCCCACUGCUGACGGCCGCUUGCUCCACAAACUCUCGGGUCGCUGCCUGGACGUUUCUGGAGAGGUAGCGGUGCAUGGAGCCACGUUUGUCUUGAACGACUGUGCAAAGGGGGUCGAGGACGCCAAGCUCCAGCGCUGGGGCGCUCCCUGGCAAGUUGGUGACGAUUCAAAGUCAUGGCUCGUAGACUCGAAAUCAUACACGGUUGGUGACGACCGCCAACACUAA